GUUGCCGCCCAGUGACGCUCGCAGAGGUGCGCCCCUAAAUAAGCGCAUGGAGCGCAUGCUCAAAGGCUGAUUUGCACCAGUUGCAUAAACGCACAGUUUGCGAAUCAACUCAAUAGCGAUCGAAGCUCGUUGGGCGGUGUCGGGAGUUGUCUCACACGGUAGAUACUUUCGCCUCUGGAUUGAGCUACUCCGUGGGACAUUGUGGAGAUGGAAGAAGGUCGCUUGGGCUUCCAGAAGAAACCCGUACGCGUCAUCGCAGCGGUGUGCAAAAACCGAGGCAUCGGGAAAAAUGGCACACUGCCCUGGAAUCUACCGUCUGAGUUCCAGUAUUUUCUCUGCAGUGUUACACGAGUUUCAAAACCAGGAAAGUUCAAUAUGUUGGUGUGGGGGAAACUGUGCUGGUACUCCAACCCCCAAUCUAUGUUCCCAAUGGCGAACACUUUGCAUGCAGUCCUGAGUAAAACAAUGGAGUCGGUCCCAGAUCACGCUCACUUCGUGUGUCAGGACCUGGAAAGUGCUCUCCUUUUGGCUGCAAAACAUCCGCUCGCAGAUUUGAUCGAGACCAUUUGGGUUGUUGGAGGCACUCGGGUUUACAAGGCUGCACUGGAGCAUUCCUGGUGUGAUUUGGUUUUCCUGACCGAUAUCAUGGCUGAAUUUGAGUGUGAUGUCUUCUUCCCCGAGAUGGAUGCACAAGUAUUCAAAAAACAGGAAAGAUUUCCUGGAGUACCAAGUGGAAUCCAAGAAGAGAACGGCAUUAAGUAUGAAUUCCAAGUAUUCAAGAAGGAAUAUACACAUGGAGGAAUGAAGAAAAUGUGACAAAUAAAUCACGAUGGUGAGGUUAACCGACCGUUUUAAAUAAUAUUGAACGUUUUUGUUAUGUUAUGGAAACUUUAAUA